UUGCAGCUUGGAUGGCCAACGGCAGCGACUUGGUAUAAAGAGGACCUGUGGUGGCCUUUCGUUGGCAUUCAGUCGUUGAUUCCCUACUCGAAAGCAACUAAAUUAUAACUGUUUUUUACUUCUUUUCCCCCUCAUUCACACACACACACUCAAGACUCACAACUAUGAACUCCUUCUCCGUGUUCGUGGUGUUGACUUUGGCCGUAUUGGCUGUGGCUGAGCCUCCAUCGGGAUAUAAUUACCCACGUGGUGGUGGUGGUGGCGGCGGAGGCGGUAGCUUUGGUGGCGGCAGCAGCUUUGGUGGAGGCAGCAGUUUCGGUGGUGGUGGCGGUGGAGGUUAUCAAGCUGUUAGCGGUGGUUUCCAAACCAGUGAAGGCCAAAAUGUUGAUCCCCAAUUGUUGGAGCAAGUUCGUCAAAUUCUGCUGCAAGAGGAAAGCAAAUCAGGCGGUGGUGGUGGAGGCGGUGGCGGCGGCAGUGGUGGUUAUCCUAGCGGACCCUCUGGCUCAUAUGGACCUCCAUCGUCCCAAUACGGUGCUCCCUUCGGUGGCGGCGGCGGUGGUGGCCGUGUUGUUGGCAUUGACUUGGAAGGUGUCCGUCAAGCCAUUCAGGUGGCCCAAUUCGCCCAGCAGAGCACACAAGCCGGUGGCGGCGGCGGUGGUGGUGGCUAUCCCAGCGCUCCUUCGGGAUCAUAUGGCGCCCCAUCAAGGCCCAGCGGCAGUUAUGGUGCCCCCUUCUAGGUUGCCAAAUAUGAUAUCCUAGCCUAAGAUUAGUAGAAGAAAUUCCAACAAAUUUGAAAUGCUGCCAAAUAUUCGGAGGAAACGCAAGAGCCACAAAUGGAUUAAAAUGUCACCACCCAGAAAUGUCACAGAGAACACACAGAACACAUAAAAAAACAGUAGGGAGAGCCCUUUUUUCCUCAAUCUCCCUCCAAUACCAAGCUGAGAAGUGAGAAGGAUCCAGUCAAACAAGUGGAUUGAAAAAAAAAACAACCAUUAAAAAUCCAUUUUGUGAGCUGCUGUUGUGUUUUCAGAUUUUUAAUCCAUUUCAUGAUCGAGCCAGGAGAAAAAAACCAACAACAAAUUCAAAAAAGGAUAACUCCUUUUCGAUUUCAAAUUUCCAAGUUAACUGGGGUUUGGGGAAACCCUAGUUCACUUUUUUUAUUUCAUUUUCAUUUCCAACUAUCCAUUCCCCCGCUCAAAAUAUUCUCCUAUCACCUCAUUACACUCACAUAACUCAGAGGACUCUCACAACAAAUGCUCUCAUUGCUAUCCUCUCUCCUCCCACACGACGUUGUUUUUCACCAAUUUUCCAUGGCAAUGAGAGUAAAAUUUGUUAAUUAUUGUAAAUAGAUUUUUCUUUCAAUUUUUUUUUAAAUAAUUUUCAUUAGUUUUAAGUAAAGAUUUUUUUUAAAUAUUUGUAACUAUGAAACAAACAAAGAAGAAGCAGAAAAAGAACAAGGAAUGAAAGAAACAACAAAAGAAAAAAAUAACAAAACGAAAAAAAAAACAAUAAAAAAAAAAUAGUAAAUUUUGUCACCGUUAAA